UACUUAUCAGCUAUAUGAGUAUGCACUUCAUCAGAAAUUAUCACUUGUGAAACUGUAAUAUUAAAGAUAAAAUUAUUUGCAGCAGUUUUAGAUCAUAUAUGUUAUCACAAAUCUAUGAUUGCACACCUGAACUAUUUAAGACUAAAACAAUCAUUUGGGUUCUGAUAGUUUUGGAAUCUGGAUAAAGAUACUAAUUCAGGGUAAAAAAAAAACAACAUUUUUGUUGGAUAUAAAACAUUUUUAUUAAGUUCACAUCAAUAGUUUGAAUUACACUCACGACACAAUAGAAAUUAGAACAAUAUUUGGUCGGACUUUCCCAAAAAUACUAUACGAAGCCGCAUCUUGCUUCAUAGAUAGGAAGCCGACCCAAGCAUUGAUUGAGACUUGAUAAUUUGGCAGGUUUUAGUUUUUUAUUUUGCUUUUUGGUGACAUAUUUUAUUUUAUAUAGACUCCAUCUCAACCUUUGUAUGUUCAUAUUAGAUACCUACAUAGGUAAAGAAUCAGUCGGCCGCAGUGACGUCGUGCAUGGAUAAAAUUCAACUUAAGUUUAAGUGUCUCCAUUUUCUAUCAUCAUAUCACUUGAAACAUCAACAUAUUAUGCUAUUCAUGAGUCAUCGGAUCAAUCCACCAGUUGAUGGAGUGAGGUGAUUAUUAGUCGUGUUCUCGCACACCUCGUACGCGCUUGUUUACAACCAUGAGUCCAAAGUGUCAGAUAAUUAUAAACAGAACAAGAGAAGGACAUUUUAAAGCCGGACAAUGUGUGACAGGAACACUGAAGUAUGUUAUAGAUAAACCAAAGCGGUACGACAGUAUUGAUAUUUCAUUCGUGGGCGGUGGAAAGUGCAAUUGGUGCAAAACAGACGGGGAUGGUGAAAAAAUGUACAUCAGCAAUGAGGAGGAGUAUGUCUCCAUCAACAAGAAUUUAUUUACACCAGUUGGAGACGAGAUGGUUGACCCUGGAGAUUAUGAAUACCCAUUUGAGUUUUUACUCCCAGACGAUAUACCAUCGUCAGUUAAGACUGACUUUUGUAACAUACACUACGCAAUUUUCGUGAAAUUUGCAAGAAAGCGAACUUUUAGCUCUGGAGGUGUAUAUGAGCUUGAAGUGCCUGUUCGUGGAUAUGUGAUGCCAUGCAGUCCAGAGCCAUUAAUCUUCGGAGUCGAGAAAAAACUACUUUCCCUCAAUCCAAACAAUAAGAUCACAGUAAAAGGAGAAAUAGAUAGAACAUGUUUAAACCCAGGCGACAGCAUUCAUCUGAAGAUGACGGUGACGAAUGACUCAAAUGUCGCCAUUUCUAUCAAAAGUGAGUUCGUUUAUUAUAACAGCUAUAUAUCAAGCGGGAGGUCUCCCUCUUUAAACAUUGAAAAAGGGAGUAUACCAGGGACCGAAGAAACUUCUCCUACUGUAAAGGAAAAUAGUGUGUUAGAACUAGAGAGAACAAUACCAAUACUUGAUACGUUAUACUCGAUACAACAUUCGAAGAUAAUGGUUGGAGAAUUUAAAGUUAAAGUGACAAUUCAAGUACCUUUUCCUCAUGUUAAUGCUGAUGUACAAGUUCCAGUGGUGAUUGGAUGGAGAAAAGAAGAACACGAUAUGCCACCUUCAUAUUCAGAAGUCAUGAGAGGAAAUAAUUAGAAAAAAAAUGAAGAAAAUUUCAAUGUGAAAGUUUUUAUGUAAUGAUAGUAUGUUAUUUAAAAUAGGUACUACACAUUUAUCAUCAUAUAGUUUUUUUUUUAACGCGUCAUUAAAUCAUUGAACUAGAGUGUUUUGACUCAUAGGAACUACUUCACUACGAUGGUUUAAUUUUGUGUCGUAUGUCUGUAUAUCAUUUAGUUUAAUAAAACAAAUAAUUGUAUUUCUGCCUUUGAAACUUAAACUAUUAUUAUCGGGUUGCCCGGGUAACUGGGUUGAGGAGGUCAGAUAGGCAGUCGCUUCUUGUAAAGCACUGGUACUCAGCUGAAUCCGGUUAGACUGGAAGCCGACCCCAACAUGAUUGGGAAAAAGGCUCGGAGGAUGAUGAUGAAUUCAGCAUUGAUCUCUGCAAAGAAAAUUUAACUUUAGAUACACGAGUGUUUGGUUGAUUUUGCAAAAACCUCAAUCGAUAGUGGAUAAACACCGUGUUAAGAUAAAGGUAACGUAAUACACAAAUAACAGGUUUUUAUUUCGCUUUGUGUAAUGUAUAUUAAUAGUUUUCGUAUAAUGAGAGGUUUUUAGACUAGAGGGCGCGGGUUCGAUUUCAGGUCAGGCAAGUACCAAUGCAACUUUUCUAAGUUUGUAUGUACUUUCUAAGUAUAUCUUAGACAUUAAUGACUGUGUUUCGGAUGGCA